AUGACUGGGUGUAAACCUGUUGACACACCAGUAGAAUACAAUGCGAAACUCGGUGAUAAGAAUGAUAGAAUUCCUGUUAAUAAAGAAAGGUAUCAGCGGUUUGUUGGGAAGUUGAUAUACUUGUCUCACACAAGACCUGAUAUUUCUUAUACAGUAAGUGUUGUGAGUCAAUUUAUGCAAGCUCCUUGUGAGGAUCAUAUGACAGUAGUUGAACUAUUCUUUGGGUCUGUUGUUGAUAGAAAGUCGAUGUCUGGGUAUUGUACGUUUGUCUGGAGAAAUCUAGUCAUCUGGAGAAGUAAGAAACAAGGAGUUAUUACUAAAAGUAGUGUUGAAGCUGAGUAUCGAGCCAUGAGUCUAGGGAUUUGUGAAAAAAUCUGGUUGAAGAAAGUAUUAUCAGAUCUCCAGUAA